AUGUCUGAAGUCCCUCCACCUCAAAUUGUCGAGAAUGCGGAUGGAUCCAAGACGAUCAUCUCUUACAAAAUUGAAAAUGGAAAGAAGUUCAAAGUGACACAGAAGGUGAAGGAAAUCAAAGUGACAGAGAAGGUCAACAAGUCUGUGGCUCUCAGGAAGCAAUGGAAGAAGUUUGGGGCUGAAAGUAACUCUGCACCAGGACCAGACUAUUCUACAACGCAACUGGGUGAAGAAGUUUAUCUAAGAUUGGGUACUUCAUGGAAGAAGAUGGAGGAGGAAGAAGAGAAGAAGGCUAAGGAAGCCAAGGGUGGUGAUAAGAUGAUCACAUGUAGAAUCUGUGGUGGUAACCACUACACCAUGCAUUGUCCAUUCAAGGACACGUUGGGCGACAACUCGUCGUCUGCUACUGCCGCUGCUGUCGACAGCCCUGCUGCAGACGCAGGUGCCGCAGACGUGCUGGCUCCCGGUAAAUACGUGCCACCUUCUCGUCGUGCCGGUGCCAGAGAUCCAUCUUCUAACAACAAUUUCGAUGCUUACAAGGAUCAAAGAGAACGUGAUGAUGCCAAGACUUUGAAGAUCAUGCAAUUGAACGAGCACGCUGAUGAAAAUACGUUGAGAUACGAACUAUUGUUCCCAUUCGGCAGAAUACCUAAGGUGGUUGUUGUGAGGAAUAGAGAAACUGGUAGAUCUAGAGGUAUUGCUUACGUUACCUUUGAGACUGAAGAAAUCGCUGAAAGCGCUUUGAACUUUUUGGACGGUAGAGGUUUCAUGAACUUGAUCUUGCACGCCGAAUGGUCCAAACCCAAGGUUAGGGAGUGA